AUGCCUCUGCCGUCUCGGGCCUCGUCUACGCCCAAGAUUAGCAAGGCCUGCGUGCCGUGUAGAACGCGCAAGAUCAAGUGCAAUGCUGCUGUUGUUGGGCUUCCCUGCGGCAGCUGUGUUAGUAGAGAGUGCCCGGAUGAGUGUGUCUUGUCAGCGCGGAAACGACGGACUGUAAAAGGACGUAAUGCCGAAACGCCCAGGUCGCGGAAAAAUAUACCAGAUACCAAUGGUUCCGUUUUGUCGCCACGACAGCAACAGCUUCCAACAAAUGUAUCAAGACAAGCAACAGAUAGUUCUCAUUCUGAUCCAGUAGAAGAGUCUAUCCAUGCAAGCCAUACUGGCAGUUCUUUACGCAACGACACUCCCCACUCCAGGGAUCGUCGUCCGCCAGGCCAGACCCAGGCAGAUCUACUCUACCUUAAUAUUCUCCAAGAUACAGUCAAUGACACCUCGGCGGCUCAGACAGAUGCAAGUGAUCAUCAGUCAAACGAUGAACCAGACGACAGCUUCAACAGUCAAAUACAUCACUGGAACCCACCACCUCAGCUUGACGACGUUGACAACGAGUAUCUUGCGAAGAAAAAGGUCUUUGAGCUUCCUCCUCCCCGAUUCAUGGAGAACAUAGUCAAAGCAUACUUCGACUAUGUACAUCCUUUUGCACCCAUCCUCAACAGAACAGAUUUUAUCCAGAGUUAUCGCUCGGGGAGCUGUUGUCUUUUCUUGCUUCAUGCUGUGGCAGCAGCUGCGAGUCUCUAUGUCACCCAUGAUGUCUUGAUUGGCUGCGGCUAUCCAGAUCGUUCAACGGCACAAGCAUCUUUCUUCUCAAAGGCCAAACUCUUUCAUGACUUUCACUGCCAGGGUGAUCCACUCUCCAUGUUGCAAGGAUCCAUGAUUCUUGGUGCCAUCAUCCUGGAUCAUCCGUCUGACCGGGACUUUCAGUACUGGUUUCACAACUCAGUCCGCCGUGCUUCAAAGAUGGGUGUACAAAAUGCUUGUCUUCGUGACGACGGAUCUCAAAAGCUCUACAGACGAAUCUGGUGGGUUUUACAUAACAGAGAUAUCUUCCAUUUCUUCAUCAACACGCAGAACAUGCGGCUGCUUGCUAAUGCGCCUCCAAUCAGACCCCUCACAGAGGCUGACUGGGAGACUGAAGACAUUGAGCAAUGGUCCGGAAUCUUAUCACCAAUAUCACAGGCCCAAAAGGUGUCCCUAAUAGCUCAAUGCGAGUUAGCUCAGAUCUUCGGGAAUGUCAUGUCUGUCGUGACAAGUUCAACCCCAUCUGCAGAAGAGAUUCAUAAGCGAAUACUGCCACUUGAUGCGUGGCGAACAUCACUCCCCGAGCGGAUGCAGCUCAUGGCGUCUUUUGCAAAUGGUGAGAAAUAUCAUCUCGAAGCUCUGACUACCAGCUAUCGCUUUGAGUGCAUCAUGUGUCGUUUGCUGCGUCGUGGGCGAUGGCAAAUGAGCGAUGGCGGUUUGCGCGAGUGGGCGCAGCAACGCUUCAGAUCAGCAAUAUUUGAGCUUGACACCAUCGUUAAACGCGUCAUGAUCAACAACACGAUUCAAAAGUUGCCAACCACUUUCAUUACUACUAUUACUGCCCUUUUAGCCCUGCAUAUAGAGUCUGCGCUUGACGCUGCAGAGUCCAGCCUCAUUCGCUCAAUGGCUCGGAUAUCGGUUCAACACACCAUGCUUGCACUUGACCAGAUUCGCGAUACUCCUGCUAUCAAGAGAGCUCUGCCGGCAUUCGAGAUUGUCCUCUCCAAGAACAAGCUUUAUCCAAUGUCGACGAGCGAUACUGAGCAAAUCAGCACGAUCCAGACCAUCCCCCAAGACCAAACUUUAAGCGAUGGGCAAAUAUUGCAACCGCCUCCAACAGAUAUGACUUUACCCCAGGAUGAUCAGUCAUUCUUGUAUGGGGACUUUAUCGGGUUUGACUUUUUAGACCGUUGGCAAAUGGAGCAAUUAGAUUUUACAGGCAUUUACUAG